GACUUAUUCCAUGAUGGUACUUUUCAAGGCCAGUCUUCCCAACGUAUCUUUGAUGACGAUGAUCCCACGCCCUUUGCCCGCGGCAAUUACGUUCGCUGCGUUCGUUCUGGCACUUGCCUCGUGCACUCUGCCCGCGUCUGCGCGUUUCUACACCACGGCCGAGAACUUUAAGGCUGGCAACUACACGCUCGUGUUUGCCGUGACUGUCAAUGAAACCUACUGGCAGCCGUGCGUCGAUACGGCCAUCACGCCGCCGCUGACUGCCGGCGUCACGACCGCCAACCCGAUUAGCGUCGGCCAGAACGCUGACUGCGACAGCGGCCGUUUCCGCUUUGACAUUAGCGGCCAGUCCGGCUCCAUUGUGACGGUUGUCCCGACGUACUACUCUGCAGCUGUUCUGGAUGCCUCGCCACCCUCGUGUGAGAUCAAGUGGGACACUUCUAUCGAUUCCAGCCAACCUGCGUGCUCUGUGCUGGACUCUCGCGAGGGCUAUCAUCUCACUGGAUACAUUUUCCGGCUGGUCGGAUAUUGAUUUUUGUUUCAGGGGUUUCAGAAAGUUGUUUGCCAGAAUACCUUUUCAGCGAAACGAAAUACAGUACAAGUACACGGACGAGUAGAUUACGUUGAAAGCAUCCUGAGUGGAAAGAAUAUCGAGUUGAAAAG